AUGCCCGCGAGAAGAUGGCUCACGGGCGGUGGCAAGAAACAUGCCCGCAGCAGCGAGGGCACCGCUGCGCCCGGCGCGCGCCCGCGUGCCGUCAGCAUGCUCCUGGGGGCCCCCUGCAGCGCGCCUUGGCCCGUCGACUUCGGCACCGUCAUCUACGACCUCGAGGCGAUCCACGACGCAGAGAGGGGGAUCUACGCGAGCAAGGGCCUCUUCGAGUGCGAGCACUCCGAGCACAUCGUCUGGAAGAGGCGGUCGCAGGUCAUCCAGUUCGCGGCGGUGGACUUGCGGACCGGCGAGCGCUUCCGCGUGUCGUGCAGGCCGAAGUUCGAGUGGGACGAGGUGAGGUCGCCGGCCGCGCGGGAGUUCGCAGAGGACCACGGGCAUGAUCUGAUUGUCAAAGACAUGAGACUGCCGCACUUCGAGGACAGGUGGAAGGAUGAGAUCAUGCCUUUCCUCAAGAGGGCCGCUGGGAAGUCCGGGCGGCUGGCCAUGAUCGCCCACAACGGCGACAAGUUCGACCACUACGUGCUGGGCAAGGAGCUCUGCGACCUGAAGCUGAGCUCGUCCGGCCAGCUCAGCCUGCACUGCUUCGACCCUGUCCGGACGCUGAAAGGCCUGCACGGAGAGGACUAUGGCACAGGCGGGCAGCUGAGACUGGAGACGUUGCACAGCAGGCACGUGCCGGCGGACAGGGUCGGGGCCCGCACGGGCCAACACCAGGCCAUCGACGAUUGCCUGAUGCUGCGCGAGGUUCUGGCGCACUGGCAGCACCUCGCGGAGGCCCUCGCCGCGGAGAUCUCCGGGGCGUUCGACGCCCACGCCACCGAGGUGGUGAGCCUCUUCGAGCGCCCGCGGGAGCCGCCCGCGCCCUCCGCGAGGCCCGCUGCGGCCGACGCGGGCUCCUCUGGCGCGGACAGCCGCACGCCUUCGCCCGCCGCCCGCGCGGAGGCUGGCGCCGCGCCGCUCGCGAGGACCUCCCUGCGGAGCAUCGGCACGGCCGUGGCGGGCUUCACCAGCGCGGGUGGCGACACGCCCUCGCCCAGGGCCCUCGCGCGCGCGGCGCAGUGGGGCGCGACGGCCACGCCGCCCGCCGGGGCGCCCGCGAGGACGUCCCUGCGGAGCAUCGGCUCCGCCGUGCGCCCUUUCGUCGCGCGACAGCGCGCGGCCGGCGAGGCGGGCGGCGGGCCGCCCGCUGAGGCGGCGCUGCUGAUGCGGGAGCUGCAAGGCGGCCUGGACCAGGCCUGCAGGACAGGGACCUGCUGCCGUGAAGUCCUGGGCGGCCAGGCCCAGCGGGUCUUGGGGGCUGCCACGGCACUCGUGGCGACCGUGGGUGGCAGCACCCUUGCGCAAGGCCUGGCUCGCCUGCGGGACGACGGCCAGCGGGUGCCACCCCACCUGGUACGCGCCUGGCGCGAGCUGGAUGCAGCCAGCGCCCUCAUCCGCCAUCCUGGCGCGGCGGAGCGCAUCGUCGAGGUCGCGAACUCCUGGCUCAUGCAGGCGGUGCCUGUCAAGUUCGCCGACGAGCCUCACGACGCGGCCUCCGACGAGGCCUUCGCCUCCACAGGGAGCGUGGGCGCAGUGGCUACGACCGACAUCAACGCGGAGAGCGACAUGUGCGACUCGGACCCCGAGGACGAGCUGCAGAAGAGAGUGAACGACAAGAAGGGCGACAAGGCCCAGAUGGUGCAGGACAUGAAGAAGAUGAAGGCCGGUUUCGGCUACAAGAGCGAGCAGGACAUGGACGACAGGCUGCUGAAGCUGGAGGUGGCUACGACCGACAUCAACGCGGAGAGCGACAUGUGCGACUCGGACCCCGAGGACGAGCUGCAGAAGGGAGUGAACGACAAGAAGGGCGAGAAGACCCAGAUGGGGCAGGACGUGAAGAAGAUGAAGGCCGCUUUCGGCUACAAGAGCGAGCAGGACAUGGACGACAGGCUGCUCAAGCUGGAGGUGAAGAACGUCGUGGUGACGAACAUCGUCUCCGAGGGGCCUGCGGGGAGCUCCGAGGGGACGGCUGAUCACAGCACCGACGAGCGUUGCAGCCUCGACAGCGACCCGCACGCCGGCGUGAAUGCCAUCGAUCGCACGCAGCUCGCCGGCACCAUCUGCAGCACGCAGUGUACAGCUACGCCCUCGGACACAGCGAGUCAAUCGAGACUCCUCGAGUACUUGACGAACCACGAGGCCGCCCUCCUCCCUGGGCGCAGCGAGGGCCACGCGGCAGGGACCCAGGUGAGCGAGAUAGUGCAGGUAGCCGUGCAGGAGGCCCCGAGUGCACUGACACUCAGACUUCAGAGUGGCCACAAGUGUCGGAGCCAACGGCUGGUUGCCAACAAAAGCAAUGGCAGCAACAACUCGACGUGGCGGUGUGAGCCGUGCAACUUCAAGAACGGUGGGAAGUACAAGUACUGCUGGAAGUGCUGGGGUGCCCGCCCUACCGCGGCAGCCGCAGGAGCCUCCAGCGCGGCUGCAGGAGAGGCCUCCGAGGACAAGUGCCACGACGAGCAGCUCGCCAAGGUGCAGCACUACCGUGCCAAGCUGGCCGAGCUCAGGAAGCUCGCCGAGGACCCGUUCCUGGAGGAAUCCCUGCAGCCGCAGGUGGCGCAGCUCGAGGACGAGCUCGCCGCCGAGCAGGCAGCAUUGGAGACGGGAGUGCCGCGCUGCUUCACCGAAUGCAGAGUGGUGCGAGACAGGAACAGCGUCGCGGAGCAGAAGAACAAGUGCCAGCAGCGGAUCGACGCGCUCCAGGAGCAGAGAGAUGCGCUCGACGAGAAGCUCGCCGACGAGCGGAGCAAGCUGGGCAAGUUCGACACCAAGCUCGAGACCCUGGACAAGAAGAUCAAGGAGUUGGCCGUCCCCGCCCCAGGGAAGGGAUGUGCAGCAGCGCUCGCCUUCCUUGAGCAGGCCGAGCGUUGCCUCGACGACGGCGGGAGCGAGAAGCGGGAGCAGCUCGCCGCCGCCGUCGCCCACGCCAAGGAGCAGAAGGAGCAGGAAGAGGAGCGGGCCAAGCACGCCGAGCGCCUCCAGCAGAAGGCCAGGGCGGAGCAGGCCCGCGCUGCAAAGGAACGGGCUGGCAGCGCCGAUAACCGCAAGCGAAGCUGCCCCGAGGGCCCAACCAAGGAGGACCUCCUCGAGAUCCCCGCGGGCGCCAACGAGCAGGACAUCUGCAAGGCUCUCGUCGGCGUGGGGGUCACGCCCGACCAGGCUGGUAAGGUGGUUGCUCCUCUUAAGCUGCUGGUGGGCGAGCUGCAGGCUGGGCACGCCCUCGCCAUCAGCAAGACGCAGUGGGUGCAGCAGCGGGGGGGCUUCGUGCGCAAAGGGAUCAACCAGUGGGACAUCAGCCCGCGGGAGUCCAAGGGGCGACUCGCCGUGGCCUGGAUCGACGCCUACAGCAAGGAGGGGCUCGUGCUCGGGGCCGCAUACCUGUGGAACAGCGAGGGCCUCACACAGAGGAACAAACGCAUCCUGGCCAAGUGGGGCGCCACCAUGAACGCGAUCCAGAGGGGGUGGAUCCUCGGGGGCGACUUCAACAUAGGCCCAGAGAUGCUGGAGCAGGCCGAGAUCGUCCGCAAGAUGAACGAGGUCAUCGUGCGCGACACUCAGCAGGGCAGCUGCCUGAAGAAGGAUGGCACGAGGAGCACGCGCGACUACUUCAUCGUCUCGCGCGGCCUGGUUGCACCUACGCUCAAGGCAGAGGUCCAAGAAGGGCACAACACGUCGCCGCACUUGCCCGUCAGGAUAAGGGUGCCAGUGCACCAGCAGAGCGACUACAUGGUCAACGUGCUGUGCAAGCGGCAGCACACGCAGGGCCAGGUCGACGGCUACUGGAGCGAGCUCGGUGGGGCCUACGAGAAGCACCUGAACAGGUGCCGCAGCUUCGAGGGCUACGACUGGAGCAAACGACAGGGCCACUUCGAGAAGGCCAACUACAAGCAGAAGCCGCGCAGGCCCAAGCCCUGCACCGCGGCCCUGGAGCAGCAGCAGUGGGUCGAGGCAGCCGAGUGGCUCGCGCGGCGGCUGCGCCAGCUGAGGCUACUGGCCAACGCAUGGCAGCAGAGGCGAGAUUCGGGCGCACUUCGGCGAGCUCAGCACAUUGCUGACGGGCUUCUCAGCCACGACAUCGCCAUGCCGCUGUUCGCAGAGCGAGCACCUUGGCAGACGGCCGAGACAGGCAACGACACGGACGAGGAGGACGGGCUGCUGGAGUCUGUGGACGCCCCUCGGGAUGAGGCGGAAGGGGUACAGGACCGCCUCGCGGUCAGAGCGCCCCCCGCCGAGGGCCAGCAGGACCCCAAUACCCGGAACACGAUUCGCUGGCCGCUCAUCGUGCACACGCUGCGGGACUGGCGAGUCAGUGACAUCGACGAGCGCGCCCAGAACUACCGGGGCUUCAUCGCCGCGCUGCUGGACCUCGCCAGCAGGAGGUACUGGAAGAUGGUGCACCGAGCGGCCGCGGCGCAGUGGCGGCAGUGGGUGGCCACGCACGGAGAACGAGGAGCAGGGUCGCUGCACAAGUGGACCAAUGCCCCCGCGCCUUGGCAACCGCAGGCAGCGCCAGCGGGUUCCGACAGCGACCAGAUGCACGAGCUCACGCACCCCCAGAAGGCCGCCGACGCCGCGCUGCAGGGGUGGGAGAACAUCUGGCACGACCCGCCCGAGCCGAGGGCGCCGUGGCUCCGGCUGCCCACAGAGAUCGAGUGGGCAGAGGCCAAGCCUCCGCCCAUCACCCCGCAGCAGGUGAUCGAGGCCUGCGGGCGCUUCAAGACCAGGACGGGGCUAGGGGAGUCGGGAUGGCACCCGGGACUCUGGCGCGAAGGUGGAGUCCAAGGAGCCGCGAGGGUGGCCAGCACCCUCAACGCCCUGGAGGCGGGCUCGCCCUGGCCGCAGGCGCAGGGCACCAUUCUGUUCUACCUGCUGGCGAAGGCGUCGGGCGGGCACCGCGACCUCGGGCUGAUCCCCGAGCUGGCGAGGCUGUGGGAGACCAUCCGCAUGCCGUGCGCCAGGGGCUGGGAGCAGAGCCACCGCAGGGGCUACGACUGGGCCGCGAGAGGGGGGUCCAGCGAGAGGGCCGCCUGGGAGCAGGCGGUGUUCUGCGAGGCCACGGUGGCACAGGGGCUGGAAUACGCCGUCACGUACUUCGACCUGGUCAAGUGCUUCGAGUACGUCACGCACGAGAAGGUGUGGCAAGCAGGUGCGCGAUCCGGAUUCAACACGGUGAUCCUGAAGAUGGUGCUGCGCAUCUACUCGAUGACGUGGGCGCGCGGCAUCGCGGCAGGAAGCCGCCUCGCGCCCCUCUGCCUCAAGAUGGUUAUCUUCGGGGAGCUGGACGGGGUCAUCGCCAACUACCCGUGGGCCUCGGUCUGCUUCUUUUUCGACGACUUGGUGGUCGCCACGCGGGGCGCGAGGUUGUUUGUGCAGUACUGGCACACGCGGCUGGUGCAGGCGCUCGUGGACAUGUUCGGGGGGCUGGACAUGAGGGUCUCCAAGGGCGCGGAGGGCAAGACGGUCUCCAUGGCCUCGACCACCGCGCUGCAGGACGGCCUCGCCAGGCGCGUGCGCCCGCUCGGCAUCAGGAUGGUGCGACACGCCGAUCACCUCGGCGUCGCCACCGCGGCCGGCAGGAGGAGGCGAAUCAGCGCCUUCAGCAAGAGGGCCAGCAAGUACGCAGCGCGGCGAGAUCGCAUCGCCCGCAUACGCCGAGCAGGUGGGCCUGCGCAGGCGAUCAUCAGACAGGGGAAGGUGCCGUCGGCGAUGUACGGGGUGCAGGUCAUGGGCAUGGGUAGCACCAUGGGGAGAUCGUCGCCGCUCACGCUGCUCGCGCAGGGCGCCGACCCCGCCAUCCGCGCCAACACGGAGCCGCUGGUCAACUGGGCCAUGGCGUGGCAGGAGGUAGCCAACCAGGACGGCCUCCACGCGCAGCUCCAGAGUGCGUGGAAGAAGUGGGCACUACGUGUGGGGCGGGCAAGGGCCCCAUGGCAGCAGAUGCGAGGGCCCGCAGGGGCCUUCAUCGCCACGGUGCAGAGGCUGGGCUGGGAGACGCUCGCGGCGCACAGCAUCACCUCAGCACGGCCUGGACAGCUUCUUCGUGGCGCCGCGCUGCUCAAGAGGCCGCCGAGCAAGAAGUGGACGCUGGAGCACCAGACUCGGGUGCGCAGCCUGUGGCGCGGCGGCACCUGGCCGCAGCGACGGCUUUUCCACAAGGGUGCCGCAGAGGGCAGCACAUGCAAGGCCUACCACAAGUGCGAAGGGACGGACCGCCACAGGACGUUCGUGUGCUCGGCCAGGCAGGAACACCGGCGGAUAGUGGGAGGGCACCACAUAUGCCAUCGCGGUGCCAUGACGUGGCCUGGUGGAGCGACGGAGAAGCAGCUGGCGGCCUCCGAGUCGCUCCGGGGGAGAGGGCUCGCAGCGGACCCAGCGCUGGAGUACGACCGCAGGAACUUGCCCUCCUCAUCCACCUGCGAUGUGGAGGGCGCCUUCGACGGCCUCGUGCACGGCGACAUCUACACGGAUGGCAGCCUGCUGUACGGGGCAUACCCAGCAUUAAGAAGAGGUAGCUGGUCUUUCGUGAAGCUCGACAGUUGGCACAAGAUGGAGCAUGCAAUGUUCGGGCCGCUGGAAGGGCCGCAGCACGACCAGUCGAUCUACAAGAGCGAGCUGACGGCGGUCCUCCAGGUCCUGAGGGGGGCCGUCCCGCCAGUGCGGAUCUUCAGCGACUGCCAGUCGGUCCUCGACGGCUUCGCUAGAGGCCCCGAGUGGGCCGCCAGAGCGGACACGACCCACAAAGAGGUAUGGCAGGAGUGCUGGCGGCUCGUGCAGGAAAACGGCGGGGUAGGUAGGAUGCUCAAUGACUGCAUGGGCGUGCAGUUUACUUUUUUCUCGUGCUGUGACCGGGGAGUCAGUAUUUGA